AAAAGAUCCAAAAAAUAAAAUAAUUUAUUAAUUAUAAUAGAAAUGUUUUAAAAGUAGUGAUAAUAAGCAACGUACCGAAAAGAAAAGGUUGCUAGAACUUUAGUAAAUUCUAAUAGAUGAGUAGACAAUGCUGAUAAGCUGAAAAAAGAUGAUGAUGAGUUUUAAACAACUCUUUACGAAUGUAGUAUUUUCAUCUACAUCUUUGCUUUAUAUAGCUGCAGCAUCUGCUCUUUCCUGCUUCAUUAUCUUCUAUUUUGUAAGCGGAAUACUUGCAUUUUUGAUCUUGUGUUCAAUUAUUUUUGCCUUAUUUUACUCGAUUCAAGACAACUUUCUAUUCUUUCCCGAUAUUGGACUUCAUCGAUCGCACAUUCAAGUUCCAAGCAUCUAUAAUCUACCGUAUGAAACUGUCUACAUUAAGACACGUGAUAAAAUCACCCUACAUGCAUAUUUCAUAAGACAUCCUGAACAAAAAGGCGAUUCUGUACCAACGAUAAUCUUCUUUCACGGCAAUGCUGGAAAUAUUGGAGGGAGAUUAAUCAAUUGUGUUGGCAUCUACAAUAAUCUUCAAUGUAAUGUUUUAUUAGUCGAAUAUCGAGGAUAUGGAUUAAGCACUGGAACGCCAAGUGAAAAGGGACUUUAUGUUGAUGGACGAGCAGCAGUUGAUUAUUUAUUUACAAGACAUGACUUAGACCAUUCACAAAUAAUAUUGUUUGGAAGGUCGCUCGGCGGUGCUAUUGUGAUAGAUAUUGCAGCAGACACAAAUUAUGGAUCAAAACUGUGUGCAUGUAUUGUUGAAAAUACUUUUACGUCAAUUCCGCAGAUAGCAAGGCAUUUAAUACAUUUUACUAAAUACAUACCAUUGAUAUGCCAUAAAAAUAAGUUUACUUCUAUAGAUAAAAUUGAAAAAGUAACAACGCCAAUACUCUUCAUUUCUGGUCUUAAUGAUACCCUGGUGCCACCCUCAAUGAUGUCAGCUCUACACAGUCUUUGUAAGAGCUCUAGAAAACAAUUAUUUCAGCUGUCGGGUGGGGGUCAUAUGGAUACAUUCUUAAUUUCUGGAUAUUAUCAAGGUAUAGCCCAAUUUUUAACGGAGUGUAAAGAGCUGAAAGGUCCACAGCAAACGCAACACUGCCGACUAAAUUUAUGGCCAAUAAUCGAAGAAGUGUAAGCAGUCAUCGUCGUCGUCGUGUGCACAAAAAAAUAAAUGCUUUGCUGAUGAAAUCAUUGAAUUCAUUUCUUCUUCCUACUCUCUAUUGCUUUAUGCGCUGCUGCUGUUCUUCUUGUUCAUUCACUUCUUCAUCUGAAGUUGAGGUGAAGAGAGAAACUACAUUGUGAUGCAUGUGAUGAUUGUUAACAAACAAGAAUGAAACAAAGAAAACAAAAAAUAACUCUCGAUUUAAUAAUAACAAUCUUCAAAUAUAUAAUAUAUAACAUGUAGAUACUAGCGUGAAGUGGAGUUGACUUUAAACGAGCUUUACUAUUGGUAAAUUGUUUUUAGUAAGCUUUAAUAAUUUUGAUGACUUUUUUUAUGUUUAAUUUUUUUCAAAAGUUUUAACACAAAAAUUGAAGGGGAAAGAAUUAUUUUUUUUUGAAAAUCCUAGUUAUAUAAGUUGUAAACUAGGUUGUAUGAUAAGAUAAAUGUUUUCAAUCAUAUGUACCCCUU